AUGGCAUCCCAGAGACCGCCCAACGCAGCAGCGGCAGCCGAGCCAAAGAUCGAGCUCUAUGUCAAGUCCAGCGAUGAUGGUGAAAAAGUUGGGGCGAAUCCUUUCUCUCAGCGACUCUUCAUGCUCUUAAUAGCCAAAGGGUGCGACAUGACGCUCAACACUGUGGACACGAAGAGAGCCGCAGAAUACCUGAAAGACCUCGCCCCAGGAACUCAGCUCCCAUUCCUCGUCUACAACAGUGAGGUGAAAACAGAUGUAAACAAGAUAGAGGAGUUUCUGGAGGAGACCCUGAAGCCCCCCAGGUACCCGAGCAUGACACCCAAAUACAAGGAAUCCAACACAACCGGCAAUGACGUCUUCCAUAAAUUCUCUACCUACAUCAAGAACCAGUCACCGGAACAUGAAGAUCAUCUAGAAAAGAGUUUCCUGAGGUCGCUGCUAAUGCUGGACCGUUACCUGAAGACCCCCCUACCUCACGAACUGGCCAAGGACCCCAAAAUAACUGUGUCACAACGGAAAUUCCUGGACGGAGAUAACCUGACCCUGCCGGACUGUAACCUUUUGCCCAAACUGUACAUCAUCAACACUGUGUGCAAACACUACCGGAACUUUGAGAUCCCAAAGGAGCUACAGGGGUUAUCCCGCUAUCUCUGCCACGCCGGGGAGGUGAAAGCCUUCGUGUACACCUGUCCUGAUCCCAAGGAGAUCAUUGACUUCUAUCGCGGAGUGGUUAAGCCAAUGAAGAAGUGAGGGGGCUUCAAGGCAACACACACUGAACUUUCUACCUUGCUGCGGGUCACUGAGAGCACCACGAGAGGCCUCCGCCACCCACCGCAGCCCGUCCUCCGCUCCAGCAACCACGGUGCUCUGACAGCGGACAGUACCUACAGCUCCCAACGUGUGGUACAGAGAGAACACAAACGCAUAAAGACUUUGUCUCGGCUUAUUACAGACUGAACACUGCAGCCGGGUGUCCAAUGCCCUGCACCAGACUGCCACGUCUACGCCAGGUGCUCUGCCAACCCAAA